AUGGGGCCAAAGGACUUUGAACAUACAAAGGAUGCCAAAGGACACAGUCUAGCAGGAGCUUAUUCUUCUGAAUUGGAAAUUCCAUUGCCCUGUGUUUUCCCAUUUACUUACAAACAGAAAGUCUACUCUUCAUGCACUAAGGAUGAUUCUUCUGAUGGACAACCGUGGUGUGCCACAACCUCCAAUUAUGAUGAAGAUCAGCAAUGGAGGUCUUGUGUCCUUAAUGAGUAUGGUGGCAAUUCUGGUGGGAAAGUCUGUGUGUUUCCCUUCGUCUACAAGUCUCGGACCUUCUACACUUGUACAAACGAAGAUGCUGAACUUGGGAGAUUUUGGUGUGCCACAACGGGGAGCUUUGACAAUGAUAAAGAAUGGAGCUACUGUGCCGAUACUAGAUUAAGGGCAAAUUCCCAGGGGCCAUGUGUCUUCCCUUUCCGCUACCGGGAAAAGCAAUACUCUUCAUGCACAACAGCUGGGGACUCUGGGGGAAAACUUUGGUGCUCUCUCACGAGCAACUAUGAUGUAGACCGCAAAUGGGCAUACUGUAAUCCUUCAGAACACCGUCCCUGCAUCUUUCCUUUCAUUUACAAGGAGAAAUUGUACUUCAAAUGUACGCGUGAAGGAGCUGCUGAUAACACCCUUUGGUGUAGCACAACCUCUAACUAUGACGUGGAUGGUAAAUGGAAGGCGUGUUCCACUCAAGGGAAAUUUUGGGCAAAUAGGUGCAAAUUCACAAAGGUACCUAUAGAGACUUUUGGAAGUGCACAUCUCUGUGAUGUUAGACUUUCAGAUGGAAGCCCAAGUUCAAGAAAUUUCAAAAGUGUGCUUGAGAAUUCUGUUCCUGCUUGA